CUUGGGGCGUGAGGUGAUUGGUGGGUGUGGGGGCGCGAGCCGCCCGGCCGGGCUCCGCACGGGAUGAGGCGGCGAAGGCAGCGGCGCGGAGUCGCGGAGGCCCUGGCGCCAUGGUUGUGGCGCCUGCUGCUGCUGUGGGGGCUCCUGGACGCGAAGGGGGCGUCCGGUGGGGGCGGCCGGUCGCUGCCCCAGUUUAGCGACGAUGUCCCGUUCCGAGUGAACUGGCCGGGCAGCGCGUUCAGCCUGCCUACUGCUGGAGUUUUGUACAAAGAAGAUCAUUACAUCAUUAUGACAACAGCAGAUAAAGAAAAAUACAAGUGCAUUCUUCCAGUAUUAGCCAGUGGAGAUGAGGAGGACGAGAAAGAUUACAAAGGACCUGGCCCAUUACAAUUGUUGGAACCUCUGUUUAAACAAAGCAGCUGCUCUUACAGAAUUGAAUCAUAUUGGACUUAUGAAGUCUGUCAUGGCAAGCAUAUUCGUCAGUAUCAUGAAGAGAAAGAAACUGGGCAGAAAAUAAAUAUUCAAGAAUACUAUCUUGGAAAUAUGCUACGAAAGAGCCUGCUGCUAGAUCCAGAUCGAGAAGAGAAGGAAAAUGAAAAAGACAGUGCAAAAGAGAUUCCUACAAAAAAUAUAGAAGGGCAGAUGACACCAUAUUAUCCCAUAGGGAUGGGAAAUGGUACACCUUGUAGUUUGAGACAAAACCUGCCCAGAUCAAGUUCAGUAAUGUACGUCUGUCAUCCCGAAGCAAAACAUGAGAUCCUUUCAGUGGCUGAAGUCACUACAUGUGAAUAUGAAGUGAUUAUUUUGACUCCUCUGUUAUGCAGCCAUCCUAAAUACAGGUUCAGAGCUUCUCCAGUGAACGACAUAUUUUGCCAAUCACUGCCAGGAUCCCCACUCAAACCCCAUAACUUGGAAAAACUGGAGGAACAGCUGGAGCAACAGCAAGAAAAGAUGAAGAUGCCUUUUAGAAGAGCCAAAGAGGAAGAAAGUAAUUCAGCAAAAGAAGAAAAAUUUUCAUCCUUCCACAAGCCAGUUGCUGUUGGAACCCCACAGCUGCUGACUGUUGGAACAACGCACAUCUCCAAACUGACCGAUGAUCAGCUCAUAAAAGAGUUCCUGAGUGGGUCUUACUGUUUCCAUGGGGGUGUUGGCUGGUGGAGAUACGAAUUCUGCUACGGCAAGUAUGUGCAUCAAUAUCACAAGGAUAAGGAAAAUGGCAAAACAACCAUAGUUGUGGGCACGUGGAACAAGGACGAACAUCUCGAGUGGGCACAGAAAAAUGUGGCUAGAGCAUAUCACCUUAAGGAUGAUGGUCUGCAAACAGUCAAAAUGGUGUCUCACUACUACGGAAACGGAGAUGUUUGCGACUUAACUGACAAACCACGACAGGUGACAGUGAAAUUGAAGUGCAAAGAAUCGGAUUCUCCCCAUGCGGUAACAGUCUAUAUGCUGGAGCCUCAUUCCUGCCAGUACAUCCUUGGGGUGGAAUCACCCGUUAUCUGCAAAAUUUUGGAUACAGCGGAUGAAUAUGGACUGCUCUCAGUGCCCAGUUAAUAGCACAUGGGCGUCCCUCAAAGGUUGGGGCCAUGAAAAUUGGACAAGGAAAGUCCUGCUAGGACUGGCCACAUGAAAAGAAGGUGAUGUGAAGUGCUGAGCAAGACCUCACCAGCAGGCAUAUAUAUAGCUAUCAUGAACCAAUUGUGAAUAUUGUAUGUAUAUAAGAGCCUAUUGAUAAACUUCUAAAAAUUAAA